AUGGGAAACAACAACAACAACAACAACAAGAACUAUUUCCCUUCUUCAUCAUCGUCUACUCCUGCUUUUUCCUUGUUUGAUGGUCCUGAUUUUUUGAAUCGAAACCUUGGUCGCAAUUGGUUAGAUAUUAAUGGAAGGAGGCAAAGAGAUGUUCCUCCUAUCCAUAAUAAUUAUAAUGAUAUUAAUAAUAACUUGGUUUUGAUGGCAAUGGAUUGGCAUGGAUGUCGUUGUUUACAGACGAAGAUUGACGAGGGUAACCCACGAAAUGUUGAGGCGAUUCUAUCAGUAGUGAAGGAUAAUAUACACGACUUCAUCAAACAUCCUUUUGCUAACUAUUUGAUUCAAAGGAUUUUUAAAGCAACGAAUAGUGUUACUUACCACCAGAUUCACUCUCUUGUUUUAUUGCUUACCUCAAAUCAUCAAAAGCUAAUAGAUGUGUGCAAAGAUCAUUACGGAACUCGAGUUAUGCAGAACAUGCUGGAGAAUAUUAAUCACCCUCUUACGUUAUAUCAUAUUUUGUAUACCGUGAAUUGUAUCACUGUUGCAUUGAUGAAAAAUCUUAAUGGUAGUUAUGUCAUACUGCAGUGUUUGAAACUUUUCCAGCCCAACUACAAAAAAAUGCUCUUGGAUAAAGUAGCACAAAAUUGUGUUGAAGUUGCAACAGAUAAAGUUGGAUGUACGGCUAUUCAAAAAUGUCUUGGCCAUGUUGGGGGAAUGCCCUUAGAACUGCUGAUGACAGGAAUAGUCUGUAAUGCUAUGGUUCUAGCACUAGAUCCAUAUGGAAACUAUGUGUUGCAAUAUGUAAUUAAAAUGGGAGUAAAGAAAAUGGUGAUAGAAGUGCUUCACGGCAAUUUUGUUAGGCUUUCUAUGGACAAACAUGCUAGCAAUGUGGUGGAAGAUCUAUUGAGAUACUCUGAAGAGAAUGAUGUUGCUGUUAUAGUUGAGGAGAUAAUGACAAGUCGUGAUUUCUUAACUGUUGUUCGAGAUCCAUUUGGAAAUUAUGUUGCUCAAAGAGCACUAGAAUUCACCAAGGGUGGUCUGCGUUUUGAACUUUCUUUUCUCAUUAAUUCCUAUCGCAAAAAUCUUCAAAACCAUAUUUUUGGUAAAAGGGUGCUAGCAGAGGCCAUGAAGAUAUUGAUGGAAGGAAAUUGGUUCAAUGUUUAAGGGAUCAAAAUAACUUUUUAAUUUGUUUCAUGUGACGUGUUUGGAUUGUUGGUUUGUAGAUGACAGUGUAGUGUGUCUCUUUAAGUAAAUUUUAUCAGUGUAUUUAUAUGUUUGUUGGUUUAUUUAUUUUAACUAUGGCCAAUUAUUCUCCUAUUGUUUAGGAAAAUGAAUGUUCUUAUG